UUUUCCCGCCCUUCUCUGGCCUUAGGGGGAAAGUCGGAGUUCUCGCUCCUCUGGGGAUAUACCUGCGACGCCAGUGGAAUACGAGGACCAGUAGGUUGCAGAUGUCAUUUUGAUCCUGUAUCUUAAGUGUCUGAAACUAUUAGCUAGGCCGAGGGCUAGUAGGCGGGAAAGUGCUCAGUGGGUGGAGGGUCAGAGGUGAGAGGUCAGAGGGCUGCGAAGGGGGAGGAGCGAACCGGAGGCGGAUGGCGGCUCUUCAUCUCCGGCUGUACAGCCGCUAAAGCUGGGACGCUGGGUCGGCGCGUCCGGCGGAAGGAGAGCGGCGGCCGCUCCCAACAUGCACAGCCUGGCGACGGCAGCGCCUGUGCCUACUGCACUGGCCCAAGUGGACAGAGAGAAGAUCUACCAGUGGAUCAAUGAACUGUCCAGUCCUGAAACAAGGGAAAAUGCUUUGCUGGAGCUAAGCAAGAAGCGAGAAUCUGUCCCUGACCUUGCACCCAUGCUAUGGCAUUCAUUCGGUACUAUUGCAGCACUUUUGCAGGAAAUUGUAAAUAUUUAUCCAUCUAUCAACCCUCCAACUUUGACAGCACAUCAGUCUAACAGAGUAUGCAAUGCUUUAGCAUUACUGCAAUGUGUGGCCUCACACCCAGAGACCAGGUCGGCUUUUCUUGCAGCACACAUCCCACUUUUUUUGUACCCCUUUUUGCACACAGUCAGCAAAACUCGUCCCUUUGAAUAUCUUCGGCUCACCAGCCUUGGAGUUAUUGGGGCCUUGGUUAAAACAGACGAACAAGAAGUAAUCAACUUUUUAUUGACAACAGAAAUCAUCCCUUUGUGUUUGCGCAUUAUGGAAUCUGGAAGUGAGCUUUCUAAAACGGUUGCCACAUUCAUCCUCCAGAAGAUUCUCUUAGAUGACACUGGUUUGGCUUAUAUAUGUCAGACUUAUGAGCGUUUUUCCCAUGUUGCCAUGAUCUUGGGUAAAAUGGUCCUGCAGCUAUCCAAAGAACCGUCUGCCCGUCUGCUGAAGCAUGUAGUAAGAUGUUACCUUCGACUCUCAGAUAACCCCAGGGCACGCGAAGCACUCAGACAGUGCCUCCCUGACCAGCUGAAGGACACAACCUUUGCCCAGGUGCUAAAAGAUGACACCACCACGAAACGCUGGCUUGCACAACUGGUGAAGAACCUGCAAGAGGGCCAGGUCACAGAUCCCCGGGGAAUUCCCCUGCCCCCUCAGUGAUCCUCUCUAUUCCGUCCCACUACUCCCAUAAGUUGGGGAGUGGGGUGGAACCUAAGAGGAAAACAGCUCAGGUUUUAUUGCCGACUGGGAGUAGACAACCUCAAUGCUGAACUGCACUGGAGAAAAAGGGCAAAGUACCCCACUGAGGUGUGUGGGCUGACUGGAGGUCCUGGAUCCCCCUGCUGCUCCCAGGAAUUGGGCUCCUGACACAGCAGUCUGCCACCACAGCCCCAGGAGGAUGUCAACACCAGCAAAUGCUGUAUUUGCAGCAUGCCCAAGAUGACCCUGCCCCUAGCCACUGGUAGAGAGGAGACAUGGUAAUAGUAGCAACACUCUAGGCAUGGUGAGUGCCUGGGACCAUAAGCCAUGUGGCUUAAUUUUUUUUUUUUUUAACUUUGCCUUCCUGGAAGACUCAAGAUGUGUCUUUUAAUUCUUUCAGUAUUUGUUUACUUUGGGUUUUUGUUGUUUUUAAUCUAGAGAGAGGUGUGUUUAAUGGACACAAGCUGUGGUUUUCAGCAAAACUUUGUCAAUUGGCACUGUUUACAAGUCUGUUAGCUGCAUAAGCUCAAUAAAAAGUUGGUCUGGGCAUUGCAUCCCCUCUGGCAGACGGAUAGCUGCAUCAGGCUGUCGGGGGGAAUGGGAGGCAGGGAAGAGGACAGCCAAAGGACAAGCAGGAGCACUCCACCUUCCCUCUGCUGCCCUGAGAACCUUCACCUUGGUUCUGGCUUUAGCGGCUAGCUUUUCCAAAUCUCAGUGCUUUCCCCUUCUUCUAACCGCUUACACUUAAAGCAGAUGUCUUAAUUUACCCAACUUUCCUGAAAGUGUUGUGCUGGGGCAGGAGGAUGGCAAUCUUGAGAUCCAGGUCUUCAAAGACAGUUUCCGGUGUCUUUUCGAGGGAGGCAAGCAAGCCCCUGGGUCCAGGUCGGAUCCCUUUCAACAGCGCCAUCUCUGCUCAUGAUUAUACUUGAAACAGUAUUAGCUGAAUGAGUUUCUUCAGAUUUAAGAUGAAUGGCUGGAUUCUGCUGGCUCAGUCUCCUCUCCCCCUUUUAACACAUAUUUUUUUAUUGGUCUAUGGAAACUACAGGGUUGUCACUAAAAUAUUUUUACUUGUUGAUAAUGUGUCAGAGUUCCCCUUCCAUCUCCAUGGGCUUGAAUCUAUAACCUAUUGUAAACUGCCUUUAUUUCUGUGACCUUUCUCCCAUUUUCAGCACUUGCUCUUUCUCUCUCAUCCUUAUCUCCAAAGAUGGGAUUAUUGCCCCAACUCUAGAGACCAAGUCUUCAGCCCAUGUCUCACAUGCUUGAAGAUGUCUGUACUGAGUUUGAGGAAGUAGUAUAAAAGGGGUGGACGGAUGCUCAUAGAAACCUUUGUAGGGGCAGUUGAGCCAACCCAAGGGCUCUUUAAGCCGGCUUUCACAAAGGGAGCCGGGCUUGUCAGUUGGCUUCUGUCUCUAGAGCCGAGAAAGUAGUAAUUAAGUAGCCUAGAUUUAGGAAGGUUAGAAUAAGCACUCAUUCCCUUGCCUUCCAAUUGAAGAGGAGAACGCGGACUCAGGCCUGAAGGGGAAAGGUCUUAGAGAAAACAGGAAACAGCAUCAACUUGAUAGAUGUUUGGACUCAUUCCAGUUUGUGAUCUGUAAAGUUUAACAAGGGAAAAGGAAAAAAAAAAAGGUUUAACAGGGGUACACUGAUUUUUGAAAUCUGCCUUCCUGCUGAGCCAAAGUUUCUCAUUCCUCUCCACUAAGGGAGCAGCUGAGGCCUUGCUCCCUGGGACAGUCUCCAUCUCUUGGUCCAUUGGCCAUGUUACUGUGCCAAGCGUCUUAGUUCACAUCCCAUCUAUCCUCAGCUGGUUUCAGAACCUGCGUAGGAGUUGGACAGGGAGGGGUGCAGUAGGUCUCAUUCCCUAUGGUUGGCCCUGAUGUUGUAUGUAUUAUAUAACAAGACCCCUCCCCUUAUUAUGUGUUUUCCAUCCCUUUCCCUCAUCAGGAUUGAAAUAAAACAUGCUCUGGUUUGUUUUUUUUU